AUGACUGCUCGUCUCCUUAGAGUCAAGUUUGUUGCCUUUGAAACCCAAGCUCAAGUACUCCUCACCAUUGAUGCAAAAUCAGACCUGUCUAUUCAAGACAUUGAGGGCAUUCUGGCUGUAACGGAAGUGCACGGAUUAAGACGCCAGCAUCUCUUCGAAGAGGAGCCGGUCGAGGACUCAGAGGCGCCCCCUAGGUCCGUCGCUCAGGCCACGGCCGACGACAGAGACGUCAGUGAAAGAGACGGCAAGGAAGGCAAGAAGGCCGAAAAAGAACCCAGGAUUAAUGCGCUGGAUAAAGAGACUGCAGGUACGGCUGCAGUAGGAAAGAGGUCUCUGUCGCAAGAAAAGGAGAAUGACGCCGCGGCAAAGAGGCCAAAGUCGGCAGAGGACAAGACGGCGAGCAGUGAGCAGGUUCAGCAGUGCCCAUACUGUAAUUACAGUAGUAGAGAUGGAAAUCGCAUCCAGAUGCACAUUAUUUCCCAGCAUUCCAUGCAGCCUGUCAUCUGCUGCCCCCUCUGCCAAGACCUGCUCAGCAACAAGAUCCACCUUCAGCUUCACCUUACUCACCUCCACAGCGUGGCUCCAGACUGCGUGGAGAAGCUGCUCAUGACCGUUUCGGGACCAGAUGUUAUGAUGCCUAACAACAUGCUGUUACCUACAUCCACACAAGAUAAAGUCCCAUCUCUUGUGGACCCUUCCACUGCUUUACCGGAGGGCUCGGGAAAGUCUCAGAGUGACAGUUCCAGCGAUGAGAAGAAUAGUGCCUCGCUGGUUAAGGGUGAACAGGAGCUUUCAAACGAGGAACUGAAGCCUCCAAAGGAAGCCUCCGAGGCGCCUGACUGGAAGAAGAGUGGCAGCCAGGACCCAAAGAGUGCAGACCCGCUGCAGGAGCACCUGACCGAGCUUCAGAAGCGCCAGCCGCUCUCCGUGUCUGAUCGCCAUGUCUACAAGUUCCGCUGCAACCACUGCAGCCUGGCUUUCAAGACCAUGCAGAAGCUUCAGAUCCAUUCCCAGUACCACGCCAUCCGGGCUGCCACCAUGUGCAGCCUGUGCCAGCGCAGCUUCCGGACGUUUCUGGCCCUCAGGAAGCACCUGGAGACAGGGCACCCGGAGCUGAGUGAAGCAGAAGUGCAGCAGCUCUGCAGCACCCUUCCCGUCAACGGGGACCUGUGUUCGGAGAAUGACGCCCGGCCACUCGAGGAUGCUCAGAUGUUUUCACAGGACAUGGAUAAAGACGAUGAGCUAGACCCGGAAGGGAAAGCCAGCCCAACGGGCAGUGACAGCAGCUCGUUGCUGGAUGAGUUGGGCUCAGAGCCAAAGCGGACUUUGCCAUUCCGAAAAGGGCCCAAUUUCACUAUGGAGAAGUUUUUAGACCCUUCCCGUCCGUAUAAGUGCACGGUGUGUAAGGAGUCCUUCACCCAGAAGAACAUCCUGUUAGUCCAUUAUAAUUCAGUCUCACACUUACACAAGCUGAAGAAAGUUCUGCAGGAGGCGUCGAGUCCGGUUCCCCAGGAGACCAACAACAAUAUUGAUAACAAACCAUAUAAAUGUAAUAUUUGUAAUGUUGCUUACAGCCAAAGUUCAACGCUGGAGAUCCACAUGCGAUCCGUGCUCCACCAGACAAAAGCCAGAACUGCCAAAAUGGAAACCAGCAGCACUGUAGUGAGUGGAAACAGUGGAGUGACGUCCUCUAAUAGUCCUGUUAGUCAAGGAAGCAUAGACUCCGCAGGCUUAACAGUGUCAGCUAACAAAGAAAAUAGUGUAGAAGCCAAAGAAAUCAACAAAAAGCAUGCUACCGAUCAUAUUCCUGUCCAGCCCACCCAGCCAUCGGCCCAGUCACCAGCACAGCUUCAGAUGCAGCUGCAGCAUGAGUUCCAGCAGCAGGCUGCUUUCUUUCAGCCGCAGUUCCUGAAUCCAGCCUUCUUUCCUCACUUUCCAAUGACCCCCGAGGCUCUGCUGCAAUUCCAGCAGCCCCAGUUCCUCUUCCCGUUCUAUAUCCCCGGCACGGAGUUCAGCCUCAGUCCCGAGCUGGCACUGCAUUCCGCAGCCUUCGGGAUGCCUGGCAUGACGGGAUCCUUUCUCGAGGACCUGAAACAGCAGAUGCAGCAGCAGCACCAGCUGGGCCAGCAGCACCUUCAGCUAUCCCAACAACAGCAGGCUUCUCAGAUGCAGCAGCAGAAAAUACCACAGCAGGCAAGCAAGGGCAAAACCGAGCAGAACAGUGUGUCAGUCGCUGAGCUUCAGAUGUCCAGGGAAUCGGAGGAUAUCCUGGAGAAAGCAGAAAACAAAUCUAAACAGGAGACUUCAAGGGAUGGGGAAAGCUCAAAGGACAGCAAAGAUUCCAAAAAACAAAAGCUUUCAGAGCCCCUAUUCCCACCGCCUCGUAUCGUCUCAGGUGCAAGAGGCAAUGCUGCUAAAGCUUUAUUGGAGAACUUUGGCUUUGAGCUGGUCAUUCAAUACAAUGAAAACAGGCAGAAAAACCAGAAGAAGAACCGAACCAGUGAGGAGGAGGCCCAUGAUAAGCUUGAGUGCGGGAUGUGUGGAAAAUUCUUCUCCAACAUGCUCAUUCUCAAGAGUCACCAGGAGCAUGUUCACGGACAGUUCUUUCCCUAUGGAGAGUUGGAAAAGUUUGCCCAGCAGUACAGAGAGGCAUAUGACAAACUGUAUCCCAUAAACCCAACAUCUCCGGAGACUCCUCCACCACCUCCACCCCCUCCCCCGCCUCCGCCUCCACCACAACCAUCACCAUCGCAACCAACUGCCACCUCUAUUGGAAAGACUCCAACACCCAACACUGCCCCUUUGCAGACCACGCAGCCUCCAGCACCACCGCCACCUCCACCCCCACCACCACCUCCACCUCCAUCUACUGCUCCUCCCCAGGUCCAACUACCUGUAUCCUUGGACCUGCCUCUCUUCCCACCACUCAUGAUGCAGUCAGUACAGCACCCUGGCCUCCCUCCUCAACUUGCUCUCCAGCUGCCCACGAUGGACUCCCUUUCAUCAGAUCUUACGCAGCUCUGUCAACAACAGCUGGGUUUGGAUCCAAACUUCCUCCGACAGUCACAGUUUAAGCGCCCUCGCACCCGGAUCACAGAUGAUCAGCUGAAGAUCCUUCGUGCCAACUUUGAUAUCAACAACUCCCCCACUGAAGAGCAGAUUCAAGAAAUGGCUGACAAGUCGGGCCUCCCGCAAAAAGUUAUUAAGCACUGGUUCCGGAACACCCUUUUUAAAGAGAGGCAGCGCUGCAAAGAUUCUCCUUACAACUUUAGCAUUCCUCCCAUCACAACUUUGGAAGACAUUAGGAUAGAAUCCCAGUUUGGUAUACCGGAGUACUACAAAACUGAUGGCAACAUGAAUAAGAGGUCAUCUAGGACUCGAUUCACGGACUACCAGUUAAGGGUCCUUCAAGACUUUUUUGAUACCAAUGCUUACCCUAAGGAUGACGAGAUAGAGCAGCUCUCUACAGUGCUCAACCUGCCAACUCGAGUGAUUGUCGUGUGGUUUCAGAAUGCACGCCAGAAGGCUCGUAAAAGUUAUGAGAAUCAGGCAGAUGCAAAGGAUGGCGACAAAAAGGAACUUACCAAUGAGCGCUACAUUAGGACCAGUAACAUGCAGUACCAGUGUAAGAAAUGCAGUGUUGUUUUCCCCCGCAUUUUUGAUCUCAUUACUCACCAGAAAAAACUGUGUUACAAAGAUGAAGAUGAUGAUGGGAUUGAUGAGAACCAGGCUGAGGAAUAUAUAGAUUCUUUUGACCAAUGUAGUCAUAAAAAUUUUGGGUACCCAGAUUUAUCCAAAGUCCCAUUUGGAACAGCUACAAGUUCUGGAUCAAGUUCUCCUUUAAUGCCUUCACCUCGACCUGACAUGGGGAAAACCUCACCUAAACCGGAAUUAACCAGUGAAAGACCAAAGCAAGCAGAGGCUGUUUCCUCCCAAAUGAUGAAAUCCAUAUCAGACUCAAGACCAUCUAAGGCAUCAACUCCUCAACCACAACACAAAAGUCCCCAGCUCCAAAUGGUUAGGCCACACUCUCAGCCUCAGUCAGCUACCAUCCCAUCCAGCCCUUUGUCUAUUGCCCUCUCCUCUUUGUCAAACAGCCUACCUCCUCAGAUGUUGCAGUACCAGUGUGACCAGUGCAAAAUUGCCUUCCCCACUGUUGAUCUCUGGCAAGAGCACCAGCACAUGCAUUUUCUAGCAGCCCAAAAUCAGUUCCUCCACUCACAGUUCCUAGAAAGACCCCUGGACAUGCCCUACAUGAUCUUUGAUCCGAACAAUCCCCUUAUGACUGGGCAGUUGCUCUCAGGAGCACUCUCUCAGAUGCCAACACAGAGCAGUUCAACGCUACCCAACCCCCUAGUUUCUGGUACCACUUCUCUGAAGCGCAAAUUUGAUGAAAAAGAAGAAAACAGUGCUAAUGAGAAAGAUGGAGGAAAUAGUGGUGAAGACCAGCACAGGGACAAACGCUUGAGGACGACGAUCACGCCAGAGCAACUUGAGAUCCUGUACGAGAAGUACCUGCUCGAUUCUAACCCGACUCGAAAAAUGUUAGACCACAUUGCUCAUGAAGUGGGCUUGAAGAAGCGAGUGGUGCAGGUUUGGUUUCAGAAUACCCGUGCGAGAGAAAGGAAAGGACAAUUUCGUGCUAUUGGACCUGCCCAGUCACAUAAAAAAUGCCCUUUCUGCAGGGCACUUUUCAAGGCUAAGUCAGCUCUGGAUAGUCACAUUCGCUCCAGGCACUGGCAUGAGGCGAAACAGGCAGGAUUUAGUUUGCCUCCGAGCCCUGUGAUGACUCAAGAGGAUGGACGUGAAAGCCCAAACAAAUACAGUUUCUUUGAAUAUCCACAACUGCCUACCAAGUCAGAAACAAGUGAGUAUGAGGUGCCCACUGCAUCUUCUACACCAGUAAAACCUUCUGAAUCACUGAUAAAAAAUUUCUUAAACCCUUCAUCCUUAAAAGCAGAAAGCAGUGAUGAAAUUGAAGGGCUUAAUAUGAAUUCUGCUGAGGUUUCCUUUGAUGUAACAAAGACAGAUUUUGAUGAGACCUCAUCAAUUAACACAGCUAUAAGUGAUGCAACGACUGGCGAUGAGGGGAAUAACGAAGUUGAGAGUGUAAGUGGCAGUGCAGGUGACAAGCUAGGAGAACUGAAAAUGAAUCCCGCGCCAAACUCUGAAGCCUGUGAAGAACAUUUUCCAUUUAACUUAGUCAGCCAGUCUUUGAGUUACACUGGUAAAGACGGCGAACAAUAUUUCAGCAUGCGAGACGACAACCAAGAUGACAAUGCAGAUCAAAGCGAGACCUCAAGCUUGGCAGAUCCAAGCUCGCCCAGCCCUUUUAGUGGCAGUAACCCCUUCAAAUCUGGAAAAGGUGGUGGGGAGAGGCCUGGUCAUAAACGCUUUAGGACCCAGAUGAGCAACCUGCAGCUGAAGGUGCUUAAAGCAUGCUUUGGUGACUACCGUACACCAACAAUGCAGGAGUGUGAGAUGCUGGGAAAUGAAAUAGGACUCCCAAAGCGGGUUGUGCAGGUUUGGUUCCAGAAUGCCCGGGCAAAAGAGAAGAAAUUCAAAAUAAACAUUGGGAAACCAUUCAUGAUAAGCCAGGGCUCGCCGGAAGGGCCACGGACUGAGUGUACCCUGUGUGCAGUGAAGUAUACUGCCAGACUGUCUAUCAGAGAUCAUAUUUUCUCUAAACAGCACAUUGCAAAGGUGCAAGAAACACUGGGCAGCCAGGUGGACAGAGAAAAAGAUUACCUUGCUCCUACCACUGUUCGCCAGUUGAUGGCACAACAAGAAAUUGACCGUAUGAAGAAGGCAACAGAUGUUCUUAGUUUGCCGGCCCAGCAGCAGGCCGUGGUUGAAAACAAUGCACUUCAUGGCCUUAGCCUGCCAACUGGUUACCCAGGAAUCCCUGGCCUCCCGCCCGUACUACUUCCUGGUGUAAAUGGUCCUUCAUCCCUUCCCGUUUUUCCACCUAACACACCGGCUUUAGCGUCUCCUGGUGCUGGCAUGCUUGGGUUCCCUACGCCAGCCACCCCGUCUCCCGCCAUGUCUCUCAGCAGUGCCCCAACCAAGAGUCUGCUGCCGACCCCUCCUCCACCUCCUCCUCCUCCUCCCGUUCCUUCGGCAAACCAUCAGGCUGAGCAGCACAGCAAAGAACCAGAGAAAGAGAAGAAGCCAGAGAAGUCCAAGAAGGUCAAGGAUAGAGAUGCUGAGACGUCCCAACCCGAGACUCCCGCCGUGAAGAAAAGCGAGCAGGCCUCCAUGCUGCUUUCGGCGAAAGGAAAAGGGGGUAGUGAGGCUCUGUUGGACCCCGCACAGCUCCAGAUGCUUCAAAACGCCGUCGCUGGCGACCCCAGCGCCUUCUUGGGGGGACAGUUCCUGCCUUACUUCAUCCCUGGGUUCGCGUCCUGCUUCUCGCCCCAGCUUCCCGGCGGAGUGCAAGGGGGAUACUUCCCACCUCUGUGUGGGAUGGAGGGCCUUUUUCCCUACGGCCCAGCCGUGCCACAAGCCAUCGCCGGCCUCUCCCCCUCUGCCAUCCUGCAGCAGUACCAACAAUAUCAGCAGUCGCUCCAGGACUCCCUGCAGAAGCAGCAGAAACAGCAAGAGCAUCAGCAGCAGAAAGCCGCCCCCGUGAAGUCACUGAGUGCACAGAACAACGCUCACAAACCAAAAGAGGCUACAGAAAGCAAGGAAGAUAACGGCUCUUCAACAGAAAGCACAAGAGAAGAACCACAAGCAGAUACCAAAAGUACAAACUUUCCAGAUGCUUUUAUUGUCCCAUCCAUCAAGCAUGAGUUUAUAUGUAGAAAGUGCCAGAUGAUAUUUGCUGACGAAGAUUCAGCAGCCCGUCAUCAGAAGUCCUUCUGUUACUUCGGUCAACCUUUUACUGACCCGCAAGAGACAGUGCUUCGUAAGGCAGUAAGCAAAUAUAAUUGUCUAGCUUGUGAUGUGGCUAUUAGUGGGAACGAAGCACUUAGCCAACACCUUCAGUCAAGCUUGCACAAAGAGAAAACAAUCAAACAAGCAAUGAGAAAUGCCAAAGAGCAUGCUAGAUUAUUACCUCACUCAGUCUGCUCCCCUAGUCCUAACACCACAUCUACCUCGCAGUCUGCAGCUUCUUCUAAUAACACCUAUCCUCAUCUUUCUUGCUUGUCCAUGAAGUCCUGGCCCAAUGUUCUUUUCCAUGCCUCAGCCAGGAAAGCUGCUUCUUCCGCCUCUGCUUCUCCCUCUCCCCUACCCUUGCCUUCAACGGUUACCUCAACUUCCUGCAGCACCUCAGGGGUCCCAACCUCACUACCCGAAAGUUGUUCAGACGAAUCCGACAGUGAGUUAAGCCAGAAACUGGAUGACUUAGAUAAUUCGUUGGAAGUGAAGGCUAAGCCCACCUCUGGCCUAGAUGGUAAUUUCAGUAGUAUCAGAAUGGAUAUGUUCAGUGUGUAGGAGUGAAAACAGGAUCCCUUUCCUAAAGAAAAAAAAAAACUUAAGACUUUAACUGCAGUUCCAAAGUUUCUCUAACCCAAAAAAUACAGUUACCAAAUGAUUGACUCAGGAUUGUUUUUCCCAUAUUGAUAUGCUGGCAAGAUAUUGAUUGAUUUUUGUUAUGGACAGAACUGUUGCAUAUGCUUGACUGAGCUUAUAUUGUGUACAAAAAAACAUGGAGUAGGAACAAAAAAAAUCCCACAAGUUCUUUCGGAGCUUGUUUCAAGCCAAAAACUCUCACGAUAGCAAAUUGCACCUCAGAUGGAUUCAUUUCCAAAUGCUAGCAUGUACUGUAUGGGAUGAUGAUCCAGAAACUUUCAAAGAGAAUUUCUCUUAGUUUAGUUAGGUGUGAUUCAGUAGCUUUAAAUUCUCAGGUCAGAACAUAACAUUUCUCAUUUGUUAAAGAAGCAAGAAGCCUGGUUAAACUGUGGCUUUACCAAAACGUGUCAAGCUUUAUCGGAAACGUUUUCUAGAUGUGUGUAGUGUACCAAGAGACGACAUAACUGUUACUGGACAAUGCGCAUAUUCUUUUAGUUUGCCCCCGCAAGACAGUACCAAUGAGGGAAAUGAGGACGGUGUUUUGUGUA